UUUACAGGCUGGAUAAUAUAUUAUACGGUAGUUUACGUCGAUGUAUCCCAGUUGGCAAAGUCCCGAUGAUUCGCCUACCGUACAGCCUUACUGGAGUCAACACGUUAGUCAGGCGGCCAGUGCCGCAGCUACGCAUCAGAAAGUUGCAGUUGCAGCUGCAGCAUAUGAUCCGUUGUUAUAUCCUGCCCAAAAUUAUAUGAAUAAUAUGAAGAAUAUGCUUGGAGCUGCUGCGCAAUGGGUUGAAUCGUCAAGCACGUAA